AUGAGGCCGUUUGGGAAAGAUUGCCUUUUGUCGAUUCUUGUGGAACUCUCUAUCGUCGCCUUCAUCGCGGCAUUUCUGCCUCUGCUAAUCCGAUAUGCUGCUCUUCCAACGUCCGUUCAUCAUCAGUAUCCCCUCAACGUCGUUUUUCGCACAUGUGAUCAUGACCUACACAGCGUCUGUUCAUUUCCCUCCGCCACUUUAGAGUACGAAAAGAACUCUCUCUUUUCGCCGAACGUAGCUUAUUAUCUAAAUGUUCGCCUGAAGUUCGCCGACAUUGCCAGCUCGAAAAAGCUAGGAUUCUUUCAAAGUGUGAUUUCAAUAACUGAAGAAAAUGGAAAAGUUGUACAGCAAUAUACAAAAUCGGCUUAUGUGAAAGAACCAGGUCUCAUAACGAAGGCAUCACAAGUCUUCCUAUUUCCUUUGUACAUUCUUGGAUAUCUCUAUGAUUAUAGCACAUUGACCAUCUCCAUGAGCGAGAACUAUUUGGAACAAUUAGGUUCUCCAUCGACCAAGUUGAUCUUCACAGUUCAAGAUAAAUUUGCCAACAUCGAAGAAGCGGAGCUGACUGUCACUGCUCGUUUUGGUUUGAUUCGACAUCUGAUUUACUACUGGCCCGUGAUGUCUUACACCGCAAUUUUAGUAUGUGGUAAUGUCAGCGUCGCCAUGUCAAUGUUGUCUGGCCACGCGUCCACCACACAGCCAGCAUGUCUCGGGUUCUGCGGUCGAAGUUUCAUCUCCACAAACUAUUCUGAAGAAGCGACGUCGACGUCAUCGCUAUCACAAUGUGGAGCGUGUUCAUUUGGUUACCGUAGUAACGCCACAUCGAUCUGUGUACCGUGCGAGACGCCGCUUCAAGCUUAUGAUUGGAUGUACCUCUUGUUCAUUGCCCUCCUUCCCUUACUCCUCCAUAUGCAAUUUAUUAGAGUCGCCAGAAAAUACUGUCGAACACGGUACUACGAAGUCUCGGAGUACCUGUGCGUCAUUCUGGAGAACGUCAUCGCCUGUGUUAUAUCCGUGCUCAUCUACCCUCCACGAUUCUCUUUCUUUCUCAACGGGUGCGAGAAAACUGGAUUGAAAGAAUGGUAUCCAGCGUGCUAUAAUCCAAAAAUAGGCUACACUAAAACAAUGAGAUGUACUUAUGAAGUUGUGUUCCCAUUAUAUUCAAUCACGUUCGUGCACCAUAUGAUAUUGAUGGGUGCGAUAUUCACACUCCGCUCAAUACUUUACUGUGCCAUGCUCUACAAGGCAUAUAACGCAAAACCGUACUAUCUCGCGAUAGUUUCGGUGCCUCUUCUAGUCAUGAUUCAUUCCGUUUUAUCUGGCUUGAUAUUCUAUUCCUUCCCGUAUAUUCUUCUGAUCGGUUCUCUCUGGGCGAUGUGCUUCCAUCUAGCAUUGGAAGGAAAACGACCACUGAAGGAGAUGAUAGUGCGCCUAGCUACGUCUCCAACUCAUUGGGUGUUCCUCACAAUAACAAUGUUGAUGCUAUCGUUCGGUGUUGUAGCACUGAUCACCCCAUUGGAUAUUCAAUAUAGAUGGUCGCUUCUUUGUUUGGUACCAGUUCCAUUGGUCUUCUACCUGAUAACGAUACCGUUCAGCAAUCCAGCUACCACAAUGCGGCUCAUCUAA